AUGUCGGGUGUUUGGGUGUUCAAGAACGGUGUGGUUCGACUCCAGGACAACCCUUCCUUCAAGGGGUCAAGUCGUUGUAAGGUACUAGUUCACGUAGCUACUGACCAAGUGGUCACUUCGUAUGAGGUGCUUGAGAGAAUGCUCUCAUCUCUGGGGUGGGAAAGGUACUACGACGAUCCUGAUCUGUUUCAAUUUCAUAAAAGCUCGACAAUGCAUCUCAUCUCUCUCCCUAAGGACUUUAAUAAGCUCAAGUCCAUGCAUUUGUAUGAUAUUGUGGUCAAGGGUCGUCCCAACGCGUUUGAAGUACGAGACGCCCAUAGAUAGAUGUUAUUCUAUUGUUAUAGAAGAUGGUUGUAUACCCGUUAUACUCUUACGUUCUUAGUUUGAAUAA